AUGACACUAGCGAGUUUUUUAUUAAUAUACAUAUUUGGUGGCCUUACUUUCCUUCCAUUGUUAGGAGGAAUAGUAAUGAUAAUUAUAUUUCCACCAUGGACAUGGAAAAUAAAAAAGAAUGCAACAAUGAAGUUUGAUGAUGUAUCGCCGAAAGAUCUUCUUAACUUUAAUUCUACUAGCCGAGAUGAUUCGUCAUAUCAUAAAUUCGGAUGGUUGAGAGUAACAAGAGAAUUCGAUCUACCUAAUAACGGAGCAUCAAACAGAAGUACAUUCGGUAUGAUGAAACAAGGGAUAACAUCAUUUAUGGAAGGAUCAAGCAAUAAUAAUAAAAACCACAAACGAACGAAAGAUUCAUUUUUUGCGGUAUUGAAAUAUAAUACAUUAUUUAUGUAUGAAAGCGAAAGACAAUUAGAUUGUAAAGGUAUCAUAAUAGUAUCAAAUCACGACGUAACAAUAUUUCCUGAACAAUUGCCUGAUAAUGAAAUAUUUACUAAAGUUAGUUCAAUAAGGUUAACUAAAAAACCAUCAAUUUGUGCGGAAAUGGCUGUGAAUUUAGAAAACAAUAACUGUAGUAAUAAUAAUUAUUACUUGUUUUGUGAUACCGGAGUGGAAAAGGAAGAUUGGUUUUUUGCAUUACAGAGAUCUUCCAAGCUAGAAUCAAAUGAUAAUUCUACUGAUAAACAAAUUAAUAAGGAUAAAUCCCUAUUUGAUUCAUUCGCUAUGAAUCAUUUAUUGAAGACUCUUUAUUCAAACGAUGAUCAUAUACAAACUCAGUGGUUAAACGCGAUACUAGGUAGAAUAUUUUUAUCGGUAUAUAAAACACAAGCAGUUAAAAAUUAUUUUAUUCGUAAAUUAGUAAGAAAAAUAAAAAAAGUGAAAAAACCUGGAUUUUUAUCUGAUAUACAAAUAAAAUCUGUGGACGUAGGCGAUGGUAUACCUUAUAUAACAAAUCCAGAAUUGGUGAAAUUAUUACCAGACGGCGAUUUAGACGUGGAUAUAAAUUUAAAUUAUACUGGAGGUUUUCGUGUAGAAAUUGAAACUGAAGCGAUCAUUUCCGUUACAGGAUUGAAGACUAUCAAAGUACCUUUAGUGUUAGCUGUUGUAUUAAGGGGAUUACAAGGAAAAAUGUUAUUACGUAUAAAAUCUCCUCCUACAAAUAGACUUUGGAUGGGAUUUUAUGAAAUGCCAAAAUUGGAUCUUUUAAUUGAACCUGUCGUAUCUGAAACUCAAUUAAAAUUUGCCCCUGUUAUUAAAGCUAUCGAAUCAAAAAUUCAUGAAAUGAUUAUGGAUUCUUUAGUAUUACCUAAUAUGGAUGAUACCUCUUUCUUCAAUAGCUUUGGUAUGGGCGGAAUCUACGAAGGCGAAGUCGAACAGCCGAAACAACAAACGGAUACACUAGCGGUAACACCGCCAUCGACGCCACCGACGCCACCGACAGCUCUAUUGCCAACUGAUUCCGAAAAGGAAAUUCUCAAAUCAACUGAGGAAGUAGAGAGUGUUGUAGCAGAUAUUCAAACAACUUUAACAACAGAUGAAGAAGUUCUUAAAGCGAUUAUCUCUUCUCCUGCAAGAUUAGAAUCAACUAAGUCAGAUGCUAAAGUAGAAGUUACUAUUCCUACAAUUCCUACAGCAAUCACUUCUAAUACCACGGAGAAUAACAGGAGCUGGUCAUCAACGGCAACAACAAAGUUAAAAUCUGCUUUCUCUGAACCAAAUUUAUUAAAAACAAAUACUUCUAGAUUUCGCUCUAUAUCAAAACAAUUUAUGAAACAACGUACUGAUGAUUCUUCUUCCGCUGUCGUAAAGGAGACCUUAAAGGAACCUGUGAAAGAGCAUAUUAAGGAAUCAGACGUAGAGAAUAAUUUACCUUCUUCUAAUUCGAGUAAUUCUUCAAGUAGUUCAGUUCAAACUACUACUUCUUCCACGUCGGCUUUGCGGAGAUGGUCUCAAUCUGUUAAUAUUCGUCGUAGAGCGGGUAUUGCUGGUAUUUUAAAUCACGCUAGUAUCACUUCUAACAACAAUAGCAACAGUAACGAUAAUAGUAAUGAUAACAAUAACGACAAUAAUAAUGACAACAAUAAUAAAAAUACUAAUAUAACCAGUAAUAAAACUAAUAAUAAACCCAUCCCAAAUACCUCUGAUAGUACAUCGAAUAAUACUGAAAAUGAUGCACAAAAAUCACAGGAUAGUUCCAUGGAUUCUAUUCCAAUUACAUUAUCAACUGCAGUUUCUGCAGUUUCAGUAGAUCCGGCAGAUUCUGUAGAUAAUCGAAUUCCUAGUAUGUUAAUAGAAAAUUUUGCUCCAUUAAAUUCUUCUCCACAAAACAUUUCUCCACUCAGUAUCUCACCAGCAAGUAUUGUAUCACCUACAAUAACCACAACAUCAACUAAAAGUACAAAUACGGAAUAUUUAACCCUUCCUACAUAUAAAUCAUCAUCAUCAUCAUCGUCAUCAUCAUCAUUGUUACAUUCAACUAUUCAAAAUGACAUACCAAAAACAACAACGCCAACUCCUCCUCCUUCACCUCCAAAAUCACCUAAAGAACCUUUAAAUGUACAUAGUAAUUCACCUCAUUCUCCCCCCUCUUCAACUAAAAGUACUAAAAGUACAUCAUCUCAUAGUCGGGAUUCAUUUUUAUCAGAAAAGAAUUCAUUACAUGAUGAUAAUGAAUUUUUUCCUGAAGUAACUCCUUCUAUACUUAAUACUCCUGUAGAAGAAUUAAAUCGUGUAUUAGGUUAG